AUGGGAAAAUCAUCAAGCAAAAUGACUAGAUAGUGCUCCUUUGAAUUGAGAGGAGAUGAAACUCCAAAGGAUAAAUUAAAAGCAAUUAUGACUUACAUAGGCGAGGAAAAAUUGUUUGACGAACUAAAGGAAAGACAGUUUGAUGACGAUUUGACUACAUUCAUGGAGGAAAUCGGCUAGCUAGAGUUGAGUGGAAACCUUAAUGACUUUUAUGAUAAUCUCACAGAUUCACAAGCUGAAGCUCUUAUCAAAUGGUAUGAGUAGAAUGCUACUGAUGAGAACUGA